UACCAAAAUCCCGGGGUUUCCAUAGUUUCAGUUCCAAACCCUAAAAGAAAAUGACAUUUUCUCCUUCAAAAAAUAAAAUUCCAACCCUAAAAAGGACCUUCUUCCUCUUUCGGUCGUAGAUUUCCACCCAACCUAAACACCUAAAUCUGCUACCAAGAAAACCAUUACAAAACCUGCUGGAGUUGCAGACAUCAGGUUUUUAAUUUCUUGCUGAACAUUGUGUUAGGUUUUACCAAGAAAACCCCCAAAAUUUUAGUUUUAAUUCACAAAUAUGGAAGAAGAAACAAUAGAUUCACCUGAACCAGCAUCACCAAAAUCAGAAGAAGACAGAUUUAGCUUAUUACCUAAUGCAUUAAUUCAUCAUAUCUUAUCAUUUGUUGAUGACAUGAGAAUCACAGUACAAAUGAGUAUCUUGUCAAAUAGAUGGAGAUAUAUUUGGAAAUCUCUCCCAGUUCUUACUUUCAGGUAUGACCCGAUAGUAAGUAAUGGAUUUUUUAGGGAUUUUGUUGCUACAGCACUGAUGCUUCGCGAAGAUACUGAUAUACGUGCUCUAACUGUUCUAUGGUUGAUCCCCUUAAUACCGACAUUGGUAUAGCUGAUGCUCUUAAUACAUGGAUACUUUAUGCUGUUAAACGGGAAGUUAAAGAGUUGGUGUUUGUUAUUGGAGUUAAUAAAUCUCAGUCGUUUGAGUUUCCUGAGUGCGUUUUUAAUUGUGAGUCGUUGACGGAUUUACAUUUAUACUUGGGUAGCAUGUAUCGUUCUACGCUUUGCCUGCCUGAGUCAAUACAUUUACCUAAUCUGAAAUCUUUGAAGUUUGAAGCUCUUCGUUUGUAUGAAGAUUUGAUGAAUGACUUCUUCACAUGCUGUCCUGCUCUCGAGUCAGUAACCAUAAGAAAUUGUAUUAUGGGUGACUUGCAAAUUGUUUCUCAUUCACUUAAGCACUUUACCAUGGUUUACUCAUCCUUCAAUGCAACUGUUAGCGAAGUGGCCAAUUCUGUCUUGUUAUUUGCUCCAAAUCUGGAAUCCUUUGAUAUCAAAUGUCACCCGACACAGCUCUUUGGUUUAUUCCUUAAAUCUCUGGUAAAAGCUGAUGUUGAGAUGGUUGUACAAGAAAAAAGGAAUAGUCCAUACACAUAUUCAGAGCUUCCUGGCAAAGCGAAGGAUAUGUUUGCUAAGGCUAUGAUGCUAAUGCUAGAAAAAUUUCGUAGCGUGAAAGAUCUAACAUUAUCUUCUCGUUUUAUACAGAUUAUCUCAAGAUCACCUGACUUAUUAAAGACUAAUCCCCCUCAACUGCCUAAUCUACGGCGUAUGCAGCUGCGUACUUAUCUUUCAAAGGACUGUGCUCAGGCAAUAUUAUAUUUGCUGAGGAUUUCUCCUAAAAUAGAAUCUUUAUCAGUACGUAUAGAUAAGGACUGCCUUGCCGAGCAACCAACAGGUACAUACUGUGAUGAGAUAAACUUUCCCUCGGAAAAUAUUGAAGAGUAUUGGAAGCCAGGGUUGACAUCACAAUAUGAACCAUUGCACCUCAAAGUUGUUGAGCUGGUGGAUGUUAAUGGAUCUGUUGAUGAACUUCGGUUUAUUGAAGUUUUCUUGAAAUAUGCUGUCAGAUUGGAGAAACUGGUUCUUUAUUGGAACUGGGAUGGGUCAGAUAAUCUUAUGGAUAGAGUGAUGAAAUUUGAUGAGAAGCUACGUUCAUUACCAAAAGCUUCUUCCAGGGUUUCGACCUUAUUCUACUAAACUGUUCUUGGUGGUACACCAUGAUGUCACUUUUCUGUUUAUUAGAUUAAGAUGUUAGGGUUUGGUUUCGUGUUAUUUCGACAUAGUAACUUUUCUUUGUUCUGUACUGUUUUUGCAUAUCAUUUGCAUCAUUAUCUAUUUAGAGGUACCUCUAAUUUUUAUAGAUUCGAGAGUCCAUCAAACUUGGUGAAAGAAGUUCUUUUACGAAAGUGAUUAAUCGAAUAAUGGUGUUGCUACUACUGU